AUGGCGGAGGUACAGAAUUCCAACCCCACGAUCCUGAACGUGGCGGAUCUCCCCACCAGGACUCGCUCCACUAUCAAAGCAGGCGAUUAUCACUCUGGCAUCUUUGCUGCUGUCCCGAAUCCCGCCGACUUUCUCUCGUCCGACUCCGAAGAUGACGACCUCUUGGAGGAGCCAAUCGAUGAGCAGGAGAUCUAUGACUUGAUCAAGUCAAUUUCGGAUCCAGAGCAUCCACUGUCCCUGGGAGAACUGGCCGUCGUCUCUCUCCCAGAUAUCUUUAUCAAGCCAACCCUUCCCAACGUUUCAGAUUCCCCUCUUCAGACUGUCAUUGUCUUGAUUACCCCAACUAUCACCCACUGCAGUCUAGCAACGGUCAUUGGUCUCGGAGUCCGGGUGCGCUUAGAACAGAGCCUUCCGCCCCGCUUCCGGGUUGAUGUGCGCAUCAAGGAAGGGACCCAUAGCACAGGCGAUGAGGUCAAUAAGCAGCUGGGGGAUAAGGAAAGAGUUGCUGCAGCCUUGGAGAAUGGCGCCCUGAUGCAGGUCAUCACCAAGAUGAUGGAGACUUGUCAAUAA